UGACGACUGUGUGUGUUUGAUCAGCUGAUUCAGGAGUAGCCACAAUCACAUCAGAGGUUGCCUUUAGCUGAGUCCAUUCAACAUUCAUUGAAUGUAAAAAUAAUGACUGUAAAGAUGCUGUUUGUGGAAGAUGUUUGAAAUGGCUGUAUUUGCUGUUUCUGCACGUUUUGGCCGCCCCGUGGUGUAGUGAAAACUCAGUGAUGGAUAAGAUCCUGGAAGCACUGGUGAGCUCCUCCCACCCUUUACCCGUCAAGCGGGCCAUAGUGAAAAGGGUAGUGGAGGCUGCGGAGAAGGAGGUGAGUGGAGAGCAGUGCCAGGCGCUGUACCGCCUCACCGCACGCCUCAUCCUCCAGGGCACGGAUGCCUUCCAGCGGCAGGUGGGCACGCAGGUGCAGGAGGCAUACGCGCGUUACCAUCGCGACGAGUUCGCCCACUUCCUUAGCAAGGACUAUGUGCUGGAGCUGCUGCAGCAGGGCUGCGGGACGCUGGACCGCCGUGAUCCGGCCAUCCUGGACUUCCUGCACAGCUGCUUGCGUCUGCUCAUCAGCUGCCCGGCCGUGCUGGAGCUGGCGCCGGUGGUGCGCGCCGAAGCGCUUCGCAUCGUGUGCGAGCGGCCCGAAGCGGUGCUGUGCGCCAGGCUCGCUGCGCUGCUCGCCGACUUCCCGCAGUGUGUGCCACGCGACAAGGCCGCCGUGCUCUUCUGCCAGCAGCUGGUGCGCAGCUUCGCGCACUUCCAGUGCCCGGUGGCUGAGGAGGCGGAGCUAAGGCGCUACGUGGCGCAGGUGAGCCACGUGGCUACGCUGCUGCAGGGCAUCUGGAAGGCGGAGCCAUCCACGCUGCUGCCGUCGCUGCAGGAGGUCUUUGCCGUCAUAUCCGCAACAGAUUCGUCCUUUCAGCCAUCCAUCGCUCUGGCCAGCCUGGUGCAUCACAUACCUCUGCAGAUGAUCACAGUGCUCAUUAAGAGCCUCACCACUGACCAGAACGUCAAAGAUGCCAGUAUGACACAAGCGCUCAGCAGGAUGAUUGACUGGCUGUCUUGGCCGUUGGCCAGUCAUGUGGACACCUGGGUUGUUGCUCUGCUGAAAGGACUAGCUGCAGUGCAGAAGUUCACGAUCCUGAUAGAUGUCACCUUGCUCAAAAUUGAGCUGGUCUUUAGUCGUUUGUGGUACCCCAUAGUUAGACAGGGGGCGCUAGCGGUCCUCUCGCACAUGCUGCUCAGCUUCCAGCAUUCUCCAGAAGCCUUCCAUCUGGUGGUACCACACGUGGUGCCUCUGGUACGCUCUCUGCAGGCCGACGGCCUCCACACCAGCGGUGCUUUCCUCUUGCAGUUCUCUGAGCUUGUUCACUGCAUGAUGUCCCAGUACUCUGGCUUCCCUGACCUCUACGACCCCAUCCUCGAAGCCAUUAAGGAUCUACCUAAACCUGGCGAAGAGAAGAUCAGGUAUGUGCUGAACCAAAGUGCCUGGACCUCACAGUCAAACUCUUUGGCUCCUGGACCUCUGGUGCUCACUGGCAAGUCGGAGACAGGCAAGACGGGCCUGGUGAACCUAGGCAACACGUGCUACAUGAACAGCAUCCUGCAGACCCUCUUCAUGGCCACAGAUUUCAGACGACACGUCUUAUCACUGCAUCUGAACGGCUCAAACUCCCUGAUAAAGAAGCUUCAGGUCCUGUUUGCGUUCCUGGCUCAUACACAGCGAGCAGCAUACGCACCACGGAGUUUUCUAGAUGCGUCUCGGCCUCCAUGGUUCACGGUGGGCUCCCAGCAGGACUGCUCGGAGUACCUGCGCUUUCUGUUAGACAGGUUACACGAGGAAGAAAAAACUUUCCGAGCUCUUCAGAUGGCGAAGCCUAGGCCCCUCCCAUCUAACUCGGGCGAUAUCCAAGACAGCCCAACACACAGCACGACAGACACAUCACUUUGUUUUCAUCCUGAACAUGUAGAUGUGGAGUGUGACGGACGAACCCUUGUCGAGAGGAUGUUUGGGGGCCGUCUGUCCACGGGAAUCCGCUGCCUGCAGUGCCACAGCCUGUCUGAGAAAGAGGAGCCCUUCACAGACCUGGCCCUGGCCUUCUGUCCCUCCGUCCGCACAGCGCAGGGACCAGUGGACCAGCUUGGGGGUCUGGGUGCCAUCAACGGUGGCGGCGAGGGCUCGGAGGGGUCCGUGAGGGAGGGGGUGCAUCCAAGAAUGGAACGGGCUGGGGCGGACCCAGUGCUAUCCCUCUCGGACCUGGUGGAGUACUUCCUAGCACCCGAGGUGCUGGAGGAGGAGAACCGUUACUUCUGCGAGCGCUGCGGCUCCCUGCAGCGGGCGGAGAGGACGAUGACCGUGGUGAUGGCGCCCGAGUACCUCAUCCUCACGCUGCUGCGCUUUUCCUACGACGCCACGUGCCAUGUGCGCAGAAAGAUCCUGGACAACGUGGGCAUCCCACUGAGCUUGGGGCUGCCUGUGCACUGGAACCCUCUCCACGCCAACUCGGCUCCCUCGUCUUCCUCACCCUCCUCCUCCCCGUCGGUGCGGGUGGACUCCCCUGAGUCUGGCGAGAACCUGGCCAAGAAGCUAAAGCCCUCUCGAAGGGAGGAAGAGGAGGAUGAGGACGGUUUCACGGACAGCGGGCGAGAGGGAGGGCAGAGAGGGGAGGGAUCAGGGGUGUGUGUGGUACCUUAUGUCCUGAGUUCUGUUGUGAUGCAUUCUGGGAUGUCGUCGGAGAGUGGUCAUUACUACUCAUACGGGAGGAACGUGACCGGGACAGAUGGUUGCGCCACAACCAAUCUCUUUUCUCAGACUCCUGUGUCACAGGAGGAGCCUAGCAGCAGCAGCAGCAGCCUAUCAGAGGGCAUGGCAGCUUCAAAGGAUGUCUUGGAGAGUGGAGGGCAAAACUCCAGGGACUGGUUCCUGUUUAACGACAGCCGAGUGACGUUUACCAACUUCCAGUCGGUGCAGAACAUCACGAGCCGUUUCCCCAAGGACACUGCCUACGUCCUCAUCUACAGGAAGCAGGAGGCUGGCGGACAGCCGGGUGCCCUCCCAGCCACCAUCAACGGCUCCGGGUUUAACGGUGAACCCCCCCUUCAUAAAGACCUGAUGGAUGCCAUCACCAAAGACAACAAACUCUUCUUACAGGAGCAGGAGCUGAGUUCCAGGACCAGGGCUCUCCAGACAGCCUCUGCAUCCUGCUCCUCUCGGCCCGACGGCUCCGACGACAACGAGCCCCCCGGCAGCUGUGGCCCCUCGGGAGGGGGAGGGGGAGGGGGCUUCAAUACUGUCAGCAGACUUGUCUUCUAAGGGUGGAGGACACACACACACACAACACUGGACUCGUAGGCUCAAGCUUAAACACUGGACUCCUUUUUGAAUGCAGUCUGCUGCGUUUCACAAUAACUCUGCCACCUCACACAGUUGUCUUUUGAGUAUUCUGAUUUGCAUGGAUAUUGCCUCUGUUUUCUUCUUAAAGUGUUUACUAAAGCACUUUUUUACAGGUCAUGAACGGUCCGUCCUUGGCGUCAUGCCCUGAGUAGCUCCAUUGCCAACAUAUUUGAGAACUGGUGAUUGUUAAAGUAAAGAGAUUUGUGUAUCUUUACCUGUUUUAUCCAACAUGUAAACAUGCUGUUGUUCCACUCACUCCAGUUAUACUUGAACAAGUGUUUUGCCCAAGUGUUGAUUCAGCGUUUUUCCUGUUCUCUGAUUGGUGGAGUGACAAAACCAUGGAUAAGUCAACUGACAUUGAUGCAAUAAAUUUACACAGAAUGCAA